CUCACACUCUCGUUCGCGACGCCUCUCUUCCGCGAGCCAUUAUAGUGAUGGUUAGUGAGCAGAAACACCAGGCCACUUAGCGCUGCUCUAAAGACCACUUAAACCACCUUCGAACCAAUCAUGAGGUCAUUACCAUGUAUACAACAAACCAGUGUUCACUCCAGGUCGUGAAACAAACGUAUAUAUAUUCACAUAUAUACACACAUAUAUAUUUAUAGAUACAUCCUCUGAAAUCGAUUUCUGAAAGUUACCAUAUAAAUUGUACCAAAAAGUAUAUAUGAUUUUUCCUUUGGAGUUGUUCAGGUAUGAACAAUUCGUAUAUAAAGUCGUAUAUAACGACCAAUACUCAUAUAAUACAGCAUAUAUACACCAUUAAUAUACAACAAAAUUAGUAAAAAUACAGAAAGAAACCAAUAGUGUCAAUAAAGUGAAUUCGUGUGUUCAAUAUUAUCGAUAUUUUCAAAGAACUGAACAAAUUGGAGAACAGUUUUUGUUCAAGAUGAUAUUGAUGAAUAGAUGUGAACAGUGUGUGAAGAUGAUGAUGAUGCUCUCACUACUCUUCAUCUGCUCGCUGAUGAUACCAGCCGCAGCAUCACAGCAGGACUCAACAAACGAGACGCAAGAGGAAGAGAUGGAGGACGUUCGUGUAGUAGUCGGAUUCAACGCAUCUCUUCCGUGCAACGUUCGCGCCCACGACCACGACGCCCCGAUCCUGACCCUCUGGUACAUCGCAGACGGCGAGGCUCCUGUCUACAGUUACGACGAGAGACCCGGGAACCGCGGGUCCGGGUGGGCGGACAGGAAGGUGUUCGGGGAGCGGGCGGACUACCACGCCCACAGCACGCCGCCCGUCCUGCUCCUCGCCCACGCCACCGUCGAGGACGGCAGAUUCUACCGCUGUAGAGUUGACUUCCAGAACACCAGAUCGCGGGUCGCCUGGGUCAACCUGACUGUUAUUGUGCCGCCCACCAAGAUGGAGGUGAUCCCCCGCGUCUCUCCCGUCAAGUUGGGAGACAGGAACGACGUCAUCUGCAAGUCCUAUGGAG